UGCGUAUCUGUCUGCAUCCUCACGCAAAAGCUAACUAACACUUGAACAAAAAGCUCAUUCUUCUCUUCUCCUCCGAUCCAUCAAAAACAUUCACAUUCACCACUCAAAUCUCAAUCCCUGAGAUUUGAGUUUUCUUCCUCUCUCUCACAUUCUUCAUCUUCAUUUUCAUUUCCUCGUCAAAAUCUCACUCUCUCGCAACCAUGAUUACUGCAGGCAGAAUCAAAUCCGUCGAUUUCUACAGAAAAAUCCCAAGAGAUUUAACUGAGGCAUCAUUAUCUGGAGCAGGGUUAUCAAUAGUAGCAGCUCUCACCAUGGUGUUUUUAUUUGGAAUGGAACUUAGUGAGUAUUUAUCUGUCAGCACCUCUACAUCCGUGAUCAUUGACAAGAGUUCUGAUGGGGACUUUUUACGUAUUGAUUUCAAUUUCAGUUUUCCUGCACUUUCAUGUGAGUUUGCAUCGGUCGAUGUGAGUGAUGUACUGGGAACAAGCAGGCUGAAUCUGACAAAAACAGUUCGCAAAUUUUCUAUUGAUUCAAAUUUAACACCCACCACUGGGUCUGAAUUUCAUUCUAGCCCAGCUGCUAAUGUCAUUAAGCAUGAUGAAAAAGUGGAUGAAGAAUCUGUUGAAGGUGCUUUUGUAUUCACAUCAGAAAAUUUUGAUAAAUAUGCUCAUCAAUUUCCAAUUACAGCUGUAAAUUUUUAUGCUCCUUGGUGUUACUGGAGUCAACGCCUGAAACCUUCAUGGGAGAAGGCAGCUAAAAUAUUAAGAGAGAGAUAUGAUCCGGAAAUGGAUGGUCGAAUACUUUUGGGGAAGGUAGAUUGCACUCAAGAAGGAGACUUGUGCCGGAGGCAUCACAUACAAGGGUAUCCAUCCAUUCGUAUCUUUCGUAAAGGAAGUGAUGUCAGAAGUGACCAUGGACAUCAUGAACAUGAGUCAUAUUAUGGAGAUCGCGAUACAGAUACCCUUGUUAAGACAAUGGAGACUGUAGUGGCAUCUCUCCCUUCACAGAAGCUUGCUUUGGAGGAUAAAUUAAAUGUUACAGAGAAUGCAAAAAGACCAGCACCAUCGGCUGGGGGAUGUAGAAUUGAAGGAUAUGUACGUGUCAAGAAGGUUCCAGGAAGCUUGUUCGUAUCAGCAAGAUCUGAUAGCCAUUCCUUUGAUGCUUCUCAAAUGAACAUGUCACAUGUCAUACACCAUUUAUCUUUUGGAAGGAAAUUGUCACCUAGGGUUAUGAAUGAUGUCAAGCGCUUGAUACCUUAUGUUGGUAACAGCCAUGACAGACUGAAUGGUCUGUCAUUCAUCAAUACACAUGAUUUAGGAGCAAAUGUUACUAUGGAGCAUUACCUUCAGAUAGUCAAAACAGAGGUCAUUACUAAAAAAGACUAUCAAUUAGUUGAGGAGUACGAGUACACAGCGCACAGCAGUGUGGCACACAGUUUACAUAUUCCUGUUGCGAGGUUCCAUCUUGAACUUUCCCCCAUGCAGGUCUUGAUAACUGAACAUCAGAAGUCUUUUUCACAUUUUAUUACAAACGUCUGUGCUAUUAUUGGGGGUGUUUUCACGGUAGCUGGAAUUGUGGAAUCAAUUUUUCACAACACUGUUAGGAUAAUGAGAAAAAUUGAGCUGGGCAAGAAUUUUUGAUAGAUAGUUGGAGAUUUUAUCUAGGUUAGGGCUUUUGAUUCACUAAAGCACUUCAAUGAGCAGGUCAUUCGGCAGGUUGUUAUCUAUAGAUACUCUAUAUAUAAAUCAUAAAAAUGUAGCAUUUUCUAUUCAUUUGGUAAAAUGAUCAUGCCAUGGAUUGCGAUCACCACCACAUUUUUAUACUUGGUAGCAUUUUAGUGAAUUGAAUAAUUGAGAACUUAUACCAGUGCUUUUAAACGGCAACGUCAUGGUGGCGUGGCGGAUUUUCUGACAGUCGCCAUAGGCCAUUUGUGAAGGAAUGGCCAUCAUGGUGGUGCCAUAUAGUCUGCAAUGGAAUGUUUAUAUGGCAGAUUUUGGCCAUAUAUCAUAUGUCAUCGCCCAUCGACAACUGACUUAUACAAUAAUAACAUAUUAUGGGAGAUCCUAUAUCAUAAAUACUUCUAUUCAACAAUAGGCUGUUUGUGUUUGUAUAUGCACAUUGAAAAUCAACAUUUGGUGGUUUCACAUAUGAACAUAGAUUUUUGGGCGUAUUUGAAAGGAAGAGGUCUAAAAGUUGUCAUAAGAAAUUUACAAAAAGUUGAAAAACAAUCUAUAGAUUUUUUGGUGUAUUUUUAAAGGAGUAUUAUGUAUAAAUUAAUAAAACAUAGUAUAUAGUUGAACUAUAUAAACAUUUACUUUAAAAUAUGAAAUCACAGAAGACAAUUAUAUGAUUAGUAUAUAACAUGAUAAGUUAUCCCUCAGUGGCUUAAGAUCCUGUAUUCCUACU